AUGUCAGUCCAAGCUCAAUUCGACAAAGCAGUGGCCAUCGUACAAGGCCUCCCAAAGGACGGACCUGUCCAACCUUCCCAGGAUGACAAACUUGCCUUCUACGGUGCGUUCAAACAAGCCAACGAAGGUGAUAACACUGGACCUGCCCCUGGUAUGUUUGACUUUGUCGCCAAAGCCAAGUACAAGGCCUGGAAAGCACUUGAAGGUACCAGCCAAGAGGACGCUAAGAAGAGAUACGUCGAUUUGCUCAAAGCUAUCCUCCAAAAGCAAGAUGAUGAAGAAUCCAAGAAAUACCUCGCCGAGCUUGAUGCCGCUGGAUCCGCCUAG